UAUAAGUGCUGCAGGUUUAAAUGAAUCAUGCAAUUGAUACCAGCAGCCGAGCGAACGAGGGAGAGCGUGGAGGGAGCACAACUUCUGGUGUUAAGAAGGGAAACCUAAAGACUCCUUGGAUAUGGCUUUCAACAACACCCUGACCUCAAGAGCUGUUCUGCUCUAUGAUGAGUGGCUUAAGGAAGCAGAUCCACGGACUGAGAACUGGCUGCUUAUGGCCUCUCCGUUCCCUCAAACGAUCAUCAUCGCUGCUUACAUCUACUUCGUGAUGUCACUGGGGCCUCGGCUGAUGGAAAACCGCAAGCCCUUCGACCUCAAGCGUCCAAUGAUCAUCUAUAACUUCAGCAUUGUGGCGUUCUCCAUCUACUUGGUUUACGAGUUUCUCAUGUCUGGCUGGGCGAACGGCUACACCUAUGGGUGUGACCUCGUGGAUUAUUCCAGUUCUCCUCAGGCUCUCAGGAUGGCAUGGACCUGCUGGCUGUACUAUUUCUCCAAGUUCAUUGAGAUGCUUGACACUAUUUUCUUUGUCCUGAGGAAAAAGAACAGUCAGGUUACGUUCCUUCACGUCUUCCAUCACGCCAUCAUGCCCUUCACCUGGUGGUUUGGGGUCAGAUUCUCCGCAGGUGGUCUGGGAACCUUCCAUGCCCUGCUGAACUGCAUCGUCCAUGUCAUAAUGUACACCUACUAUGCUCUCUCCGCCCUGGGACCCGCUUAUCAGAAGUACCUGUGGUGGAAAAAGUAUAUGACCACCAUCCAGCUGGUUCAGUUUGUGCUGAUCACCGCUCACAUUGGCCAGUUCUUCAUGAAGGACUGUCCUUACCAGUUUCCUGUGUUCCUCUACGUCAUCGGUUCAUAUGGGCUGAUCUUCCUGUUCCUGUUCCUCAACUUCUACUAUCACGCCUACACCAAGGGCAAGAGGCUUCCCAAGGUGUUCCAGAACGGAAACUACCUUCUCAAGAAAUCCGAGUGAUCUUUCCUUUGGCCACCCAAACGUGACGCUCUAACCUAUUAAGUGGGAAUAUUCCUUUUUAUUUCAUCCGUUCAAGUUCCACUUCCCUGUUUUAUGUUAAAACUAAUGUGGAAUCCACCUUAUCACUGGAUUUAAGACGUCUGAAAAUUGCACACCGGUGUUUCACUAGAGAUGCUGUCCUCAUUUGUUGUCUUCACUUAAGGCUUUGAAAUGAGUAUGGGGUGGGAAGUACAGUGUUUUUGUUCUAAUAUGCUCUAAUUUACCUGUAAAUAUUGAAUUUUUCAGCUUCGGAAUAUGAUUGAACUGCUGGCCAAAUCUGAAAAGAGGUUAUGAGAGCACAGGGGAUUGAAGUUUGUUUCUAAAAGGGUUUUUGAAGGUUGUGUUUUAGUUGUAACUGAAUGAGCCCGAGGCCCUUUGACCCCGGAGGAACGCUUGACUGAUCUACCUGGUUGUGCUUGAACCUGAAAGUUUACCGCAUGCCGCAGAAGUGACAUCAUCUGAAGUUUUGACAGAUUUAUGCUGUGUGACUAUUUAUUCGUUAUUUAAUGUUGCUGUUUUCUUAAUGUGAUCUUUUU